ACAACAUUUCAAUUAAUGUUUCUAAAUUUGCACCUGAACAACGUUAUCAUCUUUUUGCAGUGUUAUUUGAUGCUGAUCCAUCCAUAUCUGAUUCACUAAGUCCUGAACAACGUCGUCGCUUAUAUGCUGUAUUAAUUGCUAUUGAUUAUUCUCUUACAAGAUCACUUUCAGAUGCACGUAGUGUCAUAUGUGAUAUUACCAAUGAACAACCAAUACUUGAAUUUCAGGAUGAUUUGGGCUUCACUAAUACUACUGAAACUGUUAAUACUUUUCAAGAUCUUAUACUAAUAUUAUUACCAAAGAAAAAUAAUCAACCUUCACCACAAAAGUCAAUUACACCUCUUAUUACGACUGCAACUGAUGUUUUAGAUUCCACUGAUACUACUAUUGAAACUAUUAACAUUUCUCAAGGUAGAGGUAAAAAAAAGCAAGUAAAACCAAAGAUAAAGAAAACUUUACGUCAAACAAGAUCUAAUAAGAAAGCUAAAACUGUAAAAACUCCAUGA